AUGCCUACAACAGCUAUAUUUUUCAUUGAGGAGUGGCCAAAAUCGGGUACACCCGGCCCCAAUCCGGCCAUUAUCGGGUACACUUGUUUUUCACAGUCGGCAGCGCCCUCCUGGCGCCAUCUGAUUGGCCGACGCCCGCCCCUACCCGGCCCUGACCCUAUUCCCACCGGGGGUACCCGAUCUUACUCUCGCCUACCCGAAAAUGGCUGGGCUAUUCGACCAACAGACCACCAGCAGACCACGCUCACGAACACACGUCACCAACACCCCGCACUCGAGUUCCGACGCUUCCGACGGCGGGCGGAGGUGGACCUAACGCGGCUAACGCGGCGGAACUCUCUCUCGUUUGAAGUAGAUCUCGCUCCUGCAAGAAGAUCUCGCUCCUCAACGCACCAAGUUUCUCGUGGUUAAUCUCGGCACUCGUGCCUGAACGGUAGACUGGCAUCGGCAGAAUAUGAGCGAUGAAGUAGAGAACACCGCUCGCUGUCCUCGCGCAAGGCGCGUGCUACUUCACCACCAGCCAUCUUAGGACAGCGUUCAUGCUGCGUGUACCACCACUCUCUCUAUCUUUCCCCAUCUCCUGUGGCAAGCCCGCAGUUCCUUGUCUCUCCCACGUACUCACGAGAGGUCGAAGUCAAGGAAGNUAACCU